CUGCUCAGGUAGGUAUCUUAUCCGCUCUUCAGGACGACAUGUUUCUUCAGACGCUUAGUUGAUACGGAAUAUGGAUGCCUGUCUCAUCAACAAGGGAUUGCAAUAACUUGACACAUCACCAUGUCAGUUGAGAUCUGGCCACAUGUUGCUUCGGAUCGGCUUAAAGCUGCAAUUGAGACAGCUGAGAAGCGCGAACUCGAAUGGUUCGUCCAGGACCUCCAGGAAACCCUCACCAACCUCCGGCACGGUCUCGAGGAUUGCUAUGCGCUGCUGGCGCCCAUAGACCCGGGUAACACGCUUGUGCUCAGCACACCAAGACAUGAGUUCGUCAAAGGCCAUGUCACCCGCGUAGGGACGCGGAUCGUCAAGGGGACAAUUCAUCUCCGUCUGCGCACCCUCCCGCACCAAACGCUCACCAUCAACCCCGACCACCCGAUCCACCUUGCGCCGCUGACUGCCCUUCACGCCCUGCUCUCCCACUCGAUCGACCUACUCAACCUCACCUUGUCGUACUACCCCUCGCCCUCCACCACCCCAUCCGCUACCACCAACUCCCAACCACCACCAUCACCACCAACCACAGAAAGCAUCCCUCCACCACCGCCGCAAUUCCUCUCCGCCCAACUGCGCCUCCUCUCCCAGUCCCUCUCAGAAGCCUCCUCCUUCCUGAAAGGCCCCCAACCCUUAACGGCGCCAGACCCGUCGUGGACAACCGCAUCCGCCGCAGCCUCCCACUUCUCGCCACCACUCGCCCAACCGCACCCCUCCGACCCGACCCCAUCACUAAGCUUCCACCUCAGCAUACAAGACAGCUCGCUCGUCCUCUCGCUGCGUUCACUCGAACCCGCGUACGCCCCAGUCCAUUUUGGCACCAAACUCGCACUGGCGAUCGGCACAGCUCGCAGGCUGGAACAUGACGAGGCCGAUACCAUCUUCAGGUAUUGCUGUACCUACCACGGGGACUCCGAGCCUGAUAUUGGGCAGAGACGAGGAAGCAGUCCCCCCCUUUUCAAUUCGAAUUCCAAUUCCAUCGGCGUACCCCUCUCCGGCACGCGGAGCAAGAGCAAGGACACGACGAAACCACCAAAGUCGGUGGACGUCUUCGUGCGCGAGAAAGUGCGCGUCGAGAGCGCCGAUCCGAGCCUCCUCUCGCUGUCGGCCAAGCUGGCGGCGCUGGGCCACACGCUGGCGCAGGCGCGGCGGAACCUGGCGGCGGUUAUGGGGGAGGAGUGGGAAGGGGAGGACUAG